AAAAAAACCUUACUUCUUCCUAAGCCCCUCUUUUGCCUUCCAAUUACGAAUCGGUAGAAUCACAAAUAAGAGCUUCUUCCUUUCUGUUUUCAUCUUUGAUCAAUCGUACCCUCUUGAUAAUGGCAACUAGGAUUCAGUUUGAAAAUUCAUGUGAAGUUGGAGUCUUUUCCAAGCUGACCAACGCUUACUGCUUAGUUGCAAUUGGAGGGUCAGAAAACUUCUAUAGUGCUUUUGAGUCGGAGCUAGCAGAUGUCAUUCCAGUUGUUAAGACCUCUAUUGCUGGCACUAGGAUAAUAGGACGGCUAUGUGCUGGAAAUAAGAAUGGGCUACUUGUUCCUCACAAUACAACAGAUCAAGAACUUCAACACUUGCGAAAUAGUCUACCGGAUCAAGUUGUUGUUCAGCGGAUAGAGGAGAAACUUUCUGCUCUUGGGAACUGUAUUGCUUGCAAUGAUCAUGUUGCUUUGACACACACUGAUCUAGACAAGGAAACUGAGGAGAUAAUCGCUGAUGUUCUUGGUGUAGAAGUUUUCCGGCAGACAAUUGCCGGUAAUAUUCUUGUAGGGAGCUACUGUGCCUUUUCUAACAGAGGUGGCUUGGUUCAUCCUCAUACAUCCAUUGAGGAUUUGGAUGAGCUUUCGACACUGCUUCAGGUUCCAUUGGUGGCUGGUACUAUCAACCGUGGGAGUGAAGUGAUAGCUGCUGGGAUGACCGUAAAUGAUUGGACCGCCUUUUGCGGGUCGGACACAACGGCAACGGAGCUUUCGGUGAUCGAGAGUGUCUUCAAGCUGAGAGAAGCUCAGCCUACUGCCAUUGUCGAGGAGAUGAGGAAGUCAUUGAUUGAUAGCUAUGUUUGAAGUGCCCCUACAUAAAAAUGCUAUUGCAAUGUUUCAUGUGAUUUUAGAAGCUAAGAAACAGAAGCUUCUUUUUAUGAUGUGAUGUUUAAAAUUAUGUUGAGAAAACCAAGUGUAUUUGAUGAA